AUGCCCACGACAGAUCCUGCCCGACGCCGUCGACAAAAUUGUGAGAAUCAAAAACGAUGGCGACAACGACAGCUCGACAAGAUCCAGCUUCUUCAGGAUGAGUUAGAGCAUACCAGGGCUCGAGUGCGCGAGCUCGAAGGUGAAUCUUACGACCUGCGCAUCCUGCUUCGCAAUUCUGAGAUGAAGUCUGAAGCGCAACAAGCAGCGCACGCCACUCAAGCUGCUGCGUCUCUCAAUCCAACGCCACCAUCAAUUGGCACUGAAACCGGCAUGGACAGGUCUCAAGAUCUGGACUCAAAUCCAUUCGGGUCUAUUUUUCCUGCUCCAGGCCUGGCUAACCUGCCUGCUGGAUCAAGCAGCUCCGACGGCACGUAUGAAAGUACUGCCACUCCGGCUGAAAAAGGCUGGGAGUCUCUUCCUGACUCUAACAAUUUAGCGUCUAAACCUAGACAACGAUUCCCAAACGCCAUAGACGCCACUUCUGAACCUUCCGAAGAAGACUGGGCGAGUAUUGUUAUCACCGGAAGUGAGGAGGGGACGAGGGUCUCGCCACCUCUUUCGAGCGAGCAGGCCGGUUUCACAUCCAGUUCAAAGAAUAUCCCACCCUAUAAUCAGUGGUUUGAUCCAAGCUACUGGGUAGAUGGCAUCCCAUCGGAUGACGUGGUCGAGACGAUAUCCACCCCUUCUGACAAAACUAAAGCCGUGGGAAUGACUGAGCAAGCAGUACUACGUGCCGCCGGCCUUAGUUUAAUGCAAAUUCCAACUUUGCCGGUGCGAGAUCGAUCGCCCAACUGUCUGCCAUGGGCCUAUGAAGACAAACAGUUUCAAGAUGAGCAAUCGACAGGCUAUGGGGAAGCCAGAGGUCCGGUCUCAUACACAAAUGACAUCUACUUUAAUUGGCCAAUGUAUUCGAUCAUUGGAGGUGCAAGUGCGAUUUGGAGGAACAUGGUGAAUUUCCCUGACACCACACACAUCUCUCAACAUAUUCUGGCUUUUCAAAAGGUUCUCCACGAUGCUUUCCGUCAUUUACUUGUCAAACCUCCAGAUUUUCGGGAAAAAGUGGUGGCCGAGGCCUUUUCCUGGCUGAUCGAAUCCGCUUGGCCGUCCAGCGAGAGUUGCUUCAAGAUGAUGACCGUGUACCGUCACAUCUUCAGCUUCGAACUCUUUCGCAUUUUCCCUUGCCAAGCGACCUUGGAAAGGAUUCACCCGCUCUACCGACCCACGGAGCUACAAUGUCUGGUUCCUCAUUCUCCGGCCAUUGACUGGCUGCCUUGGCCUGACAUCCGCGAGAGAUGCAUCAAGAUGCAAGACAAGAUCAACGUGGAUCAACUGUGCCAGGCAAGCCUGGAACAUACGAUAGUCGAGCCAGCCGCCACUUAUGCAGUGAGGAGCAGCAACAGCAACCAGUCCCGAUUAGCAGGGGGUUCUACUUUCCGCAUUUGGGACAUGUACCUUCUGGAAAAGGCCGGACGUGGGAGGUUUUCGAUCUCGAAAUCGUCCAUGACUUAUGACCCGGCUUCGCGGGACUUGUUGGCCCUGGUACACCAACACAGCCUGCCUAUUCAAAACAUCGAGCAUCUGCGCAUUGCUUCGCCAUUCUACGACCGCUACCCCGACUUUAAGAUUGGCAGAUGCGAGUCCAAAUAUCCAACAGUCCCACUCCAUGUGCCGCGCGAGGAGAGGCUGGGAUAUCCGUCAAAGUUCAAACCCGAGUCGCUGUCGAGUUUGCAAAGUCGAGUCAAUGCUUUGUUGGCGGAAUGA